AUGAGAGUGCAUCUGCUGACGGCUCUGCUGCUGGCCGUCAGCGUGCCUGCUCUCGGAAGAGUGGCUGUGCAAGACGGCUCGGACCAUCCUCCGAGCCGAAGAGCGCGCCAAGCAGUCGGCGGUCUCGGCUGCGGCCCGGGCGAGUUCCGCUGUCUGGACGGCACCUGUAUCGAGGACUGCUAUACGUGCGACACGCGUGCCGACUGUCCGGACGGCAGUGACGAGACGGAGGCGCACGGCUGCGCCGAGCGCUGCGGUGACGGCCGCUUCCGCUGUGACGGCCGCUGCCUGGACAACCGCCAGCUCUGUGACGGCAGAGCCGACUGCCCCAGCGGCACGGACGAGCUCGGCUGUAGGCCCGUCACCACGACCACAACCACUACCACAACCACUCCGCGGCCCUGCACGUACUACGAGUUCCGCUGUGACGGCCGCUGCGUGGACGAUCGACUCCGCUGCGACGGACGCUGGGACUGUUCGGACGGUUCUGACGAGUGGGGAUGCACCACAACCACUACCACAACCACUUCGCGGCCCUGUACAUACUACGAGGUCCGCUGCGACGACCGGUGCUUCGACGUAAGGCAUCGCUGCGACGGACGCUGGGACUGUUCUGAUGGGUACGACGAGAGAUUCUGCACGACGACCACAACUACGACGACGACCACUCCUCGACCCUGCACGUACUACGAGUUCCUCUGUGACGGCCAGUGCAUGGACAACAGCCGUCGCUGCGACGGCCGGGUCGACUGCUCGGACGCGUGGGACGAAUGGAGCUGCGAACCUCGCACCACCACGCCACGUCCGUGCUUCUAUUACGAGUUCCGCUGCGACGACAGGUGCGUGGACAAUCGGCUCCGCUGCGACGGACGCUGGGACUGUGCGGACGGCUCCGAUGAGUGGGGAUGUCGACCAUCGACGACCACAACCACCACCCCAAGGCCACCGCCGUCGCCCGUCCCUGUGAUCGGCUGUCGCACGGACCAGUUCCAGUGCCUGAGCGGCGAGCCUCGCUGUAUAGACUCGUGUUACGCGUGUGACGGUCGUAAGGACUGCGCCGAUAACUCGGACGAGUCGGAGGACUACGGCUGUUCGCGGACGGAGCAGUGUACGACCGGCGAGUACCGCUGCGACGGCCGCUGUCUGCCGGUGGAGACGCUGUGUGACGGCAAUGAGGACUGUUCGGAUGGAUAUGACGAGAGGGACUGUAUGAGAGCUGUGCUCUCUGCCUGA